AUGUCGUUCUUUGGUUUUGAUCCGUCUGGACCUAAGUCAAAGGAGAGAAAUAAUGAUGGCGGUAACAAACCAUUGGAUUUUGAUGAUACUUAUGGUGGACUUGGAGAUUAUGAACAAGAAGAAGGUGAUUAUUUAAAUGCAGAGACCUUUGGCGCGGACGUUGAAUUAGGGAAUGAUUUCGAUUUCGGUCACUCAGAAUCAAACCAAUCUGGAGCAUCAGCCACCAUCCAACAACCAAGUCACGUCCAUAGAUCAUAUGUGGCUGCUGCAUCUCAAGGUGUUUCAUCUUCAAAUCCUGCUCAAUUGGAUACUUCGAUUGAUUUGAAACCAAUGGAAUCCUUAUGGACUGCAGGUGAACAGGAAUAUCAACAGGAACAACAACCACAACAACCACAGGUUAUGUCAAUGGAAGAUAUUGAGAGACAACAACGUCAAAUGCAAAUGGCUGCUGCUGCACACCAACAAGCACCAUCACAACAGGGAUUCAUGCAAAUGCCUCCCCCUCCACAUAACUUCCCCAUGCAAGGCCUUCCCCCACAACAACCAUAUCAACAAGAUCAACCAAAUUCUCAAUUUGUAAACCAAUAUCCUCCUCACAUGAUUCCUCCACCAGCAAUGCAAGGUCAUCCAAACCAAUUUCAGCAAAUGCCGCCAAUGUUCAAUCACCAUCAAUCUCAAAUUCCAAAUCCUAAUCAACAUUAUCCACAAAUGUAUCCAACACCUCCACCAAACUUCCAGGAACAUCAUGGUCAGCAACAACAACCACAAUUACCAUUGCAACCACCUCAACCACCACAACAGGGAAAUGGCUAUUCUGCUAGUCCUCAAACUCUUCCUCAACCUCAAUUGGCUCAUCAACAAGUUUCGCCACCAACAACAACACAAAUUCAAACUGAAUUGCAACCACCUGCAGGAGUCUCUCGUUCCAUCUUAGCUUCUCCACAAUCUGUUGCAUCUCCACGUACUGAAUCCAACGUCACUUCUGCUUCUCCACAACCAUUACAACAAGAACAACAAGAACAUUAUCAAGUAAGAUCGCCUGAACAACAACUACCAGUAAGAAAUAUUCAAAAACAAAUGCAACAGAGAAGAGAACCAUUAACUCCAGAAGAACAAAAACGUUUACAAGUUCGUCAUGCUAAAGUGGAAAAAAUCAUGAAACAUUCAGGUGUUAUGACUCCACGUGAUAAAGAUUUCAUUACACGUUAUCAAUUAUCUCAAAUCGUUACAGAUGAUCCCUAUAAUGAAGAUUUUUAUUUCCAAGUUUAUAAAAUCAUUCAAAGAGGUGGUAUUGUUGGUGGUGAAUCAAACAAAGGUUCCAUCGCAAGAGCUUAUUUGGAGCAUUCAGGUCAUAGAUUAGGCGGUAGAUAUAAACGUGCUGAUAUCGCUUUACAAAGAAUGCAAAGUCAAGUGGAGAAAGCUGUCACUGUCGCAAAGGAAAGACCUCAAAAAAAUAAAGAUAAUGUGGAAAAAAUUACUGGUCGUGAAGGGGUUCUUGGUAAAAUUUCCUCAGCAAUGAAUAGUAAAGCUCCUCGUAGACAAUUAUUAAUCCCAUCCCAUAAGGCAAGUCGUAUAUCUAACGAAGAUGAAUUACAAUCUUUAUUAUUGGCUUCCUCAGCUUCCCCUUCCACUUCUUCUUUAGACGGAACAGAUGAACAUAAUAAUUCCCACCAACCUGUUGAUGCUGCUUCUCUUGCCAAUGUACCUGCUUUAGAGGAUGUUACUCAACAUUUGGGUAACGUAGAAAUUAGUCAAAAUUCUAAGUCAAGAAGAAGAUCCUCUUAUGCCUUUACAUCUGUUGAUCAAAAUUCUGUGUUAUCUCGUUCCGGUGGUAGAAAAUUUGUUCUUUCAUUAAUUGAAACUGUUUAUAGAGAAGUCCUUGAGCUAGAAGCAAACUUGAGAAGUGGGAAAGAAAUCAAUAACACUUUACUAUGGGAAGCUUUACAUGUUGAUGAUGAUAUAUAUGAAGUUUGUCCAUUCAUUUCAAUGUUGACUUUUGAUAAAGGUGUCAAGAUAAUGCCACGUAUUUUCAAUUUCUUAGAUAAGAAACAAAAAUUGAAAUUACUACAAACUUUCUUCAGUGAAUUAUCUCAUUUGAAUAUUAUUAUUAUUAGUUCAUACAAGACAAAUCCAACUCCAACUGAUAAUCAAUUGAAGAAAAUUGAUCUUUUCCAAACUGUCUUUUUGAAAAUUAUUGUAUCAUUUUUGUCAAAUAAUUCAAAUUUCAUUGAAAUUAUGGGACUAUUAUUACAUUUAAUUAAAAAUAAUAACGUUUCAUUUAUCUCAACUUCCAAGAUUGGUUUAAAUUUAAUUACAGUUUUAAUUUCUCGUGCUGCUUUAAUAAGACAAGAUUCGAAUAGAAGUAAUGGAUUGUCUUCGCCUGAAAUUUCCGCAUGGAAUGAAAUUUAUGAUAAACUGUUUACUGCUCUAGAAAGUAAAUUAGCAUCUGUAUUCCCACCACAGGAGUAUCUCGAUAAAGUACUGAAAGUUAUGGACGAACAACAGCAACAACAUCUACCUCAUUAUAACAGUGGCAAUUCACCUUCUAAUGUUCAAUUUUAUGACCAAUCAUAUAUUUGGCAAUUUUUAGCUUCAUUGGCUCUAAGUGGUAAAUUAAAUCAUCAAAGAAUAAUAAUUGAUGAAGUAAGAGAAGAAAUCUUUGGUACAAUCAAUGCUGCUGAAGAAUUACUCAACAGUAAUGAAAUUGAUAAAGCGAAUGCUACCUAUAGACGUGAAAAACUAUAUCAAGAUCUGAAUUUGUUCUUAAAUGUCAUGGGAUUGGUUUCACGAGAUGGUGAAAUAUCAGAAUUGAAAUAA